AUGAGAGAAGCAGAAAUACGGAGGCUCGGGGCCGCCAACCUCCUCGGUGUUGUGUCCAUUGCCCUGACAGCGGUUGUUCCCGGUUUCUUCUGGGACGGAUUCACGGUUUUGGGAACGCACCUCGCGUGGCUGUGUGUUUGUUCUGUUUGGGUGGGGACCCUUAACGUAAUUUUGCACUUAGUCUUUAAACCAAAUCUGUCUCCUAAGAGAAGUUCGUUUGCUCACAAGAUAUCCAGAUUUCUAAAAUGCUGUAUAUACUUUUUCAUGUCUUGCAUACUGUUUCAUGCGAUUAUUGUUCUUUAUGGAGCACCUCUCAUAGAGUCAGUGACUGAGACAUUUUUGUUCGCAGUUCUCCUGUCUACCUUUACUACUUUACAGUGCUUGUGUAUGCUGGGACCAAACAUACAAGCAUGGAUACGGGUAUUUAGUAAAAAUGGAGCUAUGUCCGUCUGGGAAAGCAGUCUACAGAUCACUACCAUGUGCAGUAUACUUGGAGCUUGGUUUGGAGCAUUUCCUAUUCCUCUUGAUUGGGAUCGGCCUUGGCAGGUAUGGCCCAUUUCGUGUUCCCUCGGAGCUACCUUUGGCUAUACGGCUGGGCUGGUUAUUGCACCUCUGUGGAUACACUGGAACCGGAAGCAGCUUACAUACAAAAGCAGAUAACUGGAGCAAAGAGAGACAAGGUAUUUCUUUGUGCAGAUUCCAUACAGACUGUGCAAAAGUUGUUUGUUCUUUUUUUUUUUUUUUAAGAGAGAGAUAUAUAUGUAUAGUCAAAGCAGAAGACUACCCAAAUUCAUUUAGAGUAUUUCAGGCCAAGCAUCUCCACUCAGUAAAAUCACAUAGAUGCUGUUUCAGCAUGGUGCAGUUUUUGCUUCCUCUAGACUAUGGAACCCUGAGAGAUUGUACCUUCCAGUCUGAAUAAAAACAUUUGUACCAGA